GCCGAGCUAAGGGGGGCGGAGCCUCCUCGAGGCCAGGAGGAGCCUCCUCGGGAGCGCUGAGCUCCUAAAGAAGGCGGCAGAAGGAGAGCCGCUCCUCAUCUCUGAGACUCGCUGGUUUGGUUGGACUGCAGGAUCAUGGAGCGGAUGGAGUCCAUGGAGCCCAUCUCGGCCUGUUACACCACCUCCUACCCGGAGAUCCAACCCGACAGCGGCUACGGCUCCAGGGAGACCCCAGAGAACCAGGCGAAGACGCCGCCGGCCCCCGCCUACAACGAGGAGCUGGAGCACAAGACGAUCCUCGUGGGAGACAGCGGAGUUGGGAAAACCUCCUUGCUGGUGCAGUUCGAUCAGGGAAAGUUCAUCUCUGGUUCAUUCUCUGCAACUGUUGGCAUCGGAUUAACGAAUAAAGUGGUAACUGUUGAUGAUACAAAAGUCAAACUCCAGAUCUGGGAUACGGCAGGACAGGAGCGGUUCAGGAGUGUGACACAUGCGUACUACAGGGAUGCUCAUGCAUUGCUACUUUUAUACGACAUCACCAGCAAAUCAUCCUUCGACAACAUCCGGGCGUGGUUAACAGAGAUCCAUGAGUAUGCACAGAGCGAUGUAGUCAUCAUGUUGCUGGGCAACAAGGCAGACAUGAGCAGUGAGCGAGCAAUCCGGAGAGAUGAAGGAGAAAGGUUGGCAAGAGAGUAUUCUGUUCCAUUCAUGGAGACCAGCGCCAAGACGGGAGUCAACGUGGAGCUGGCCUUCACCGCCAUCGCCAAAGAGUUGAAGCAGCGGGCCAUCCAGCAACCCAAUGAAGCCAAGUUCCAGAUUCACCAAUACAUCGAGGCCCGGAAGGAGAAGUCAGGCUGUUGCAGCUACUUCUGAACCCAAACGGAAAACAGAAACCAGGAAGUCAGGAAUUCAAACUCCCAUUGGGAGCUCCUGAAGGAGGAGAACGACAUGCUGGUGCCAUUCAUCUCAGAGAAGCAACACAACUACAGCUACCAAGACCCAAAAAUGAACAGACAUCAGAAGAUUCUUCUCUGUUCACAAACAGAAUCCCAAAUUCUUUAGACACUACCGCUGAUGUUUUCAAAUAUGGUCCAUUUGAGCAAACGUAUCAAAUAAGAAUAAAGACAGUUUUUACCCACCAGAAGAGAGAAACAACAGCUUCUGGAUUCUGAUGCCUUCAAAUGAAAGCACCUCUAAAUAAAGUCACUUUUUUAUUUUAAACUUGCCGCUUGGUUGCACUUCUAAUCUGAACUCUUCCCAGGAACACUUGACCCUAAAGUCUGGUUAGUUAGGCUGUUGUGAUCCCUGUGUUCCAUAUUCAGGCUCAAUUAGCUGAAGGUUACGGAUGAUAGCUAAACAUGCCCAGAUAAAAUUAUCCAACGCUUAGGAUGUAAGUUACAGAAAGGAUAACCUCCACUUUUCAGCCCCUCAAGACCUUUUGGCAGGUCCAUUUGCCCGUUCUUCUCUCGUAACUUUCAAACCUUUGACCCAAUCAACUCUGCGUUUUGUUUUUCCAGCAUGGAUGCUCUGUUCAUGGUUCAUGUCUUGCCAUUAUUGCUUUGCUCUUGAGCAGAUCAAGAGAAUAUGCUCAUGAGGGAUUUUCUUAUUUUUAAUAUGCAGAGUUUAACAAGUCCUGACGCUGCCAAAGCACCCCCCACAUUAUGACACUACCACCACCUUGGCUUACUAUUGCUCUGGUGUUUUUUUUAUUUAUUUGGUUCUAGCUAAAACAGGUCAGGAACUUCAUUUAUCAUUCUUCCAAAGCCUUUUCUUGUCAAACAUCGGCUUUAUGUUGGCACUAAUUACAUUAUUUAUAUUGAGUCAUUUAAUGGUAUAUUUGUGUUUUUUUUUUCUUUGUAUUAAUGAUUUGGCCUUUACAAUUGUAGUUUAGAUCCACAUCCUGAGGAUUUUGGUUUUGUGUGCUUCUUUUCCUAUGCAAACUUGCUGGUUGUUGUAAUUCCCAUUUCUGCUUUGUUAAACUGAAAUGCUUCUGACAUGUUUUGAUGGACUUAUGAAAAAAUGUCUAAACGAUGUGAAUACAAAGUUUUAUGUGAACAAUGAUAUUGUUUCUAUUGAUAUUCUUAUAGGAAGAAGUGCAUCACCAAAGGUUUUCUGUAAUUAUAUUAUUACUCCUUCAUGAACAAAUUUAAAUUCGGAUGCACAAACUGAAAAGGGCUAAAUAUUUGUGCUUAACAUUUAAAAUGCCUUCAGUUUAUUGAAAUCUUACAAAACAAACGCUCAUGCCAAAAAGAAAAAAAAUAGCCGAAGCAUUUAUGGAAGCUUAGAUGUGCUUUUGAAAAAAUUUAACUUUCAGGAAAUAUUUUGUGUGAUGCAACAGAUUUGGACAAAAGCCAUAGUCUGUAUUCUGGAUGCAGUUUUUAGCAGAAGAAAAAGUUUGUUGGCGCCUCACAGCAGCUCAUUCCUGACAUCAUGAUGAAUCCAUGCAGCAGCCGGUGAGGAAUGGCAUCUGCCAGAAAGGCGUGCCACUCUGCACAUGUGCAGCAAUGCAUGCACGAGCUGUGCAUAUGCUGGGUUUCUCACAGAUCUGCGUGCAGCUGUGACCGCAGCGCAUUUGACUCCUGAACUUAUAAACAUGACCAAUGGAACUAGCAGCUUGCAUAUUUUUCUAGAUCUGAACUUGGUAUUCAGGGUUGCUUUUUUUUUUUUAUAAACAUAAAACUGAUAACACAUGAAAGCUGUGUUAACAUCGUUGUUAUUGCUGUUUGUCAGCAACCUCUGACUCAAAUAGCACAAAAAUGUUGUUCCGAUCUUAAAAAACAUAACAAUUUUUAAAAAACUGAUUCACAAAAUACUUCUUGUCAAAUGAUUUAAGGAGAUCCAAGUUUUGACAAGUGAUGAAAAUAUGUUAAGUGAAAAAUCCAGUCAGUAAAAUGGUCUGAUGGAACAUCUUUGGUUUCAAAUGCAGGCAAACUUCUGUUGACUGUGAUUGUGAACUUUUAAGGUCCCGUUUGAAAAGUUCAGGUGAUCCAGAUUGUGGGUCUUUGUGUUUCCCACAGUUCUUCUGACCACACAGUGUAAAGCUGUGUUUGAUGUGCUGCCUUUCAAAAUAAAACGUUUCAAACAACUUG